AUGUCGUGUUUGGACAAUUUGAGCGACGGAUUCCCGUCGCUCGUCUUCGUUUUAGGGUUGUCCCCCGAGGAAGACGAUGAUGAACUCCUCUAAUCUUCUCCGGUUCCAGCAGGCACCCAACGGCGAAAUGGUCGCAGAGUUCCGACAAGAUAUACCUCACCAUCGAGUUGCCCGACGCGAAGGACGUGAAGCUGAAGCUCGAACCCGAGGGGAAGUUCGUCUUCUCCGCUAUUAAAGAUGGCGUCUCCUACGAGAUCGACAUAGAACUCGCCGGCAAAGUCGACGUAGAGGUAAAUCGGAUUCAACGAGGCACAUUAUGAUAUAUGUCUGCAGAUAUAUCGAUCCGAUGCUCGUACUCUUGGGGGUGUUGCAGGAGAGCAAGGUCAGCGUCGGCGUGCGGAGCAUCGUCUACGUCAUCCAGAAAUCAGAGAAGAAAUGGUGGACCAGGUUGCUGAAACAGGAGGGGAAGCCUCCUGCUUUCCUCAAGGUGGAUUGGGACAAAUGGGUUGAUGAAGAAGACGAAGGUAAUCUCGCAUCAGAAUAUCGAAAAUCUUCCUGGGGCGCUGUUUAUGGCUCACUGAUUCUUUCUCUCAUGCUUGUUUGUGGACAGCGAACCAGGGCUUGGACUUUGAUGACAUGGAUUUUUCGGUCAGCGCUGACCCCUCAAUCUGAAAGAAUUCUUCACUGUUCAUAGAUUAUGAGAUUGGUCUUGAAUGUGCUGACGAAGAGGUGAAAAAAUCUCUGCAGAAGCUGGACAUGGGAGGGGAUGAUGACCUCGACAUGGAUGAUUUCCAGGGCAGAGAAGGUGAGGAUGAGUCCUCGAAGAGUGUUUCCACCAGAAUCUAUCUUAGGGUUCUUGAGGAGUGGUUUUCCUGUCUGCAGAAGAUGCUGAAGAAGCCAAGGAUGAGGCGGGAUUCGCUGCAAAAGUCAACGAGGAGACCGGUAAAUGA